AUUGGACAUUAAGCGUCACCUGACGAAAGCGGCUUCUUAGGUCUCAGGGCUACAAUGCCUCCAAAAAAGAAUGAACCUUCUAAGAAGAAUGUUGACAAGCAGAAGCAGAAGAUUAUCGAGGACAAAACUUUCGGGAUGAAAAACAAAAAAGGUGCUAAGCAACAGAAAUUUAUUCAACAGGUACAAAAACAAGUCACACAGGGAAACAAAUCAGCGAAAGAGCUUGAACGUGAAAAGCUAGAUAAAAAGGAGGAUAAGAAACGAGAAAAGCUCGAGUUAAAUGAACUGUUCAAACCUGUGAUAGAACUACAGAAGUGUGCGAAAGGUGUUGAUCCAAAGUCAGUGCUUUGUGUCUUUUUCAAGCAGGGUUUGUGUGCAAAGGGAGACAAGUGCAAGUUUUCACAUGACCUUACUGUUGAAAGGAAGGCUGAGAAGCGUGGAAUCUAUUCGGAAUCUGAAAAAACGGAUGGUACCAUGGAUGACUGGGAUAUCAGCAAACUGGAGGAAGUGAUUAGUAAGAAGCAUGACGCUGAGAAUAAAGGUUUACCACCUACUACCAUAGUGUGUAAGUAUUUUCUUGAUGCAGUGGAAAACUAUAAAUAUGGCUGGUUUUGGGAAUGUCCCAAUGGCAAAUCAUGCCAUUAUAGACACGCUCUGCCACCAGGUUAUAUACUGCUGAGGGAUAGGAAAAAAAUGGAGGAACAAAAGGAAAUUAUAUCAAUUGAAGAUUUGGUCGAGCGAGAGAGACAAGCUCUUGGCCUUAAUCAAACCAAAGUUACGCUGCAUACAUUUAUGGAGUGGAAAAAGCGAAAGAGGAUUGAAAAACUAGAAAAGAGGUUUGCUGAUAAAGCAGCACGAGAAGCUAAUUAUAAACAAGGACGUUCAACUGGAAUUAGCGGACGUGAGAUCUUUGAGUUCGAUCCAACAUUGGUUAUGGAGGCAGUGGAUGAUGAUGACACAUCUGGAAUUGUUGAUUCGAAAAUCCGUGACGACGAAGACAAUGAGUAUUCGGGUCCAGUAAGGGACAUUGACUUGAAUAUGUUCACUAUUGAAGGAUUGGAGAGUGAAAAUUGUGCGACGGGGGAUGCUGUAACUGGUGCCUCUGCAAUGCCAGGAGUUAGCAAAAUCAAUGAGAAUGGAUACGGUGGUGAUGAUGUAGUAAUCGAUGAAGAAUUGUUCGAUGAAACUGAUCUAGCUGACAUUGAGGCAGAAAUAAACGAAUUAGAAUUGGAGCAAUAAUCACAUCUCUCCACUCGUCCUGCAGUCAACCCCAACAAUGAAGACGAAAAAUUAAUAGAACUAUUUGAAUAACACACAGUUUUCUUUCAUGGUUUGUACAAAGAUACUUGUCCACAUUUUCUAGUUUGUUUUUCAAAUAGUGUUUGUAUUUUUGUUUUGAUUGCAAACGCCUAUUGGUAUGAUUAAGUAUUUAUUAUGCUAUGCUUUGUUCUUGAGCUUUCUUUUCAUUAUAUUUGUCUCCUCUUCUUCUGGAACACUUCAGAUAUUUUCCAUUUCGACACUCUGUAAGAUAAGAAUACAAAGUUAUAUUUUUUAUCAUCACAGUUGUUACUACACAGAUCUGAG